AUGGCUCUUCCUGCUGUCAUGAGUACUACCCGAGAUGAUCGAGAUCGUUCCGAACAUGUCAGGAGCACUUCCUGGCUAGGAGAGCGAAUGUGCCUAGUGCAAAGGCAUUGGAGGUUGCUCUUGACGGUCUAUUCUGUGAUCGUACUGGGAGUCAUCACUUGUGUGAUAACCGGUAUGUCAACUUCACCUUCCAGCCUCGCUAUGCGUCAUCGUCUUACAACCAAUGACAAACAAACAGGCACCAUUGAGAAACCUUUGGAUCUGAAAAGGAGGUCUUGGGGGGGUUUUGAUGAGCGUCCAUCGACCGCCACGUGCUACCGGCAGGAGCGAACGGCAAUGCUUCUUGCUUUUCUCUUGGGAUCGCUUGGUAUUGAUCAGUUCUACGCCCACCACUGGCCUCUAGCCGUGUUCAAGCUCUUGACUCUCGGUGCUGGUGGGAUCUGGUGGUUCGUCGACGUUGUGUUAUGGAUGGUAGGUGGCGUGUAUGGCACACCGGGAUGCCCAGGAGGGAGUGAACAUUCUUGGCAGUUCUAG